UGUGUGUCGGUGUCAUGCCAUCCCCCUCGCGCCUGCUAGGUGCGCCCCAGCCUCGCGAUAGCCUCUUCCAGAAUCAAAGCUCCCCUCGCGAACUGGAUGCUGACAGACGCGCGGUCAUCAUGCAAAGGUUACAUUGUAUCCAUUUCAGCGAAUCUUACGUACGCGAAGAAGGCACUCUGCAGGACCGACACGUUAUCAAAACGCGAGGCGGAUAAACAAAUAUGCACUGAACACAUUGGCCGCGGUUUUUUUUACUACACGAAGUGUUGAACGAUGCACGCAAGUUUGGGAUUUUGGAUUUGAUCGGAUGGCGUUGUGUGUGCUGGCUUCGCUCGGCAGCAAAGUGGCUUCAUGAGUGUCCAAAGUAACAGUGGAAGUGGUGGAAGUUUGGAGGCGACGCCAUCUUGGUCACAGCUCUCCUCGUCCCCAACGAUUACUCAACAACAUAUAACGGCGACCACCAAGACCAAGGAAGGGCCCAUGGAGGAGCUGCACAGCCUGGACCCCCGGAGGCAGGAGCUGCUGGAGGCCCGGUUCAUGGGGGCGGUCAGCGGGAACACGGGCGGCAGCACCGGGGGCGGCAGCACCGGGAGCGCCAGCGGGGGGGCCAAGGGUCUGGCCAACGAGUGCUCCAACCACAGCUAUGGCAGCCUGGGCUCCUCCAGUGACAAAGAGUCGGAGAACUCUGAUAUGAAGAGGGGCAGCUCCCCUGCCUACUCGACCCCAGAGAAGAAGCACUCUGAGUCUUCCCGGGGGAGGAAGAGGAAAGCCGACACCCAUUCGGACAGCAGCCAGGGGAAGACCUCUACGCGCGGGCCCAAAAUCAGUGACUACUUUGACUUCCAGGGUGGGAAUGGUUCCAGUCCUGGCAGGGGUGUCCCACCCGCCCGGCGCUCCCCACAGAGCUCCCACUCAGCUCCAGGCUCCAUCGUGCGACAGAACAGCUCCUCUCCUACCAGCCUGUGUUUUGGAGAACAGCUGAUGAAUCCUAAGGCCUUGUCCACCAAAUGUGUCCAGACGGAGCUGACGGGGCUGAAGCUGGCCGCGCUGGAGAGCAACAAGAGUCUGGACCUGGAGAAGAAGGAGGGACGCAUCGACGACCUGCUCAGGGCCAACUGUGACCUACGGCGUCAGAUAGAUGAGCAACAGAAGCUUCUGGAGAAGUACAAGGAGAGACUCAACAAGUGUAUUACCAUGAGCAAGAAGCUGCUCAUAGAGAAGAGCACCCAGGAGAAGCAGUCGUGCCGGGAGAAGAGCAUGCAGGACCGCCUGCGCCUUGGCCACUUCACCACGGUGAGGCACGGAGCGUCCUACACGGAGCAGUGGACGGACGGAUACGCAUUCCAGAACCUGGUCAAGCAGCAGGAGGCCAUCAACCAGCAGCGGGAGGAUAUUGAGCGCCAGAGGAAGCUGCUGGCCAAGCGCAAGCCCCCCAACCCGGCCUCGCCCUUGCUGGCCGUCGCCGCGACCUCUGAGCCCAAGCAGCGCAAGACCAAGGUCGUCAACGGCAACGACCCCGACCCCUUCCUCAAGCCCUCUCUGCCACAGCUGCUGUCCCUGGCCGAGUACCACGAACAGGAGGAGAUCUUCAAGCUUCGCCUCGGCCAUCUCAAGAAGGAGGAAGCGGAGAUCCAGGCGGAGCUGGAGCGGUUGGAGCGCGUGAGGAACCUCCACAUCAGAGAGCUGAAGAGGAUCAACAACGAGGACAGCUCCUCGUUCAAAGACCACCCUACUCUGAAUGAGAGGUACCUGCUGUUACACCUACUGGGCAGGGGCGGCUUCAGUGAAGUCUACAAGGCUUUUGACCUGUUUGAGCAGCGCUACGCUGCGGUCAAAAUCCACCAGCUCAACAAGAACUGGAGAGAGGAGAAGAAGGAGAACUACCACAAACAUGCAUGCCGAGAGUACCGGAUACACAAGCAGCUGGACCAUCCCAGAAUAGUCAAACUCUACGACUAUUUCUCCCUGGAUACCGACACGUUCUGCACGGUGCUGGAGUUCUGCGAGGGCAACGACCUGGACUUCUACCUGAAGCAGAACAAGCUGAUGUCGGAGAAGGAGGCUCGCUCCAUCGUCAUGCAGAUCAUCAACGCCCUACGCUACCUCAACGAGAUCAAACCCCCCAUCAUCCACUACGACCUCAAACCUGGUAACAUCCUCCUGGUGGACGGCACGGCCUGCGGCGAGAUCAAGAUCACGGACUUCGGCCUCUCCAAGAUCAUGGACGACGAUAACUACGGCGCCGACGGCAUGGACCUGACCUCUCAGGGGGCCGGCACCUACUGGUACCUGCCCCCAGAGUGCUUCGUGGUGGGGAAGGAGCCUCCUAAGAUCUCCAACAAGGUGGACGUCUGGUCUGUAGGAGUCAUCUUCUUCCAGUGCCUCUAUGGACGCAAGCCCUUUGGACACAACCAGUCCCAGCAGGACAUUCUCCAGGAGAACACCAUCCUGAAGGCCACAGAGGUCCAGUUCCCCGCCAAACCGCAGGCCAGUACGGAGGCCAAGGCGUUCAUCCGGCGCUGUCUGGCGUACCGGAAGGAGGAGCGCUUCGACGUCCACCAGCUGGGGGCGGACGCCUACCUGCUGCCCCACAUGAGACGCUCCAACUCCUCCGGCUCCCUCCAGCCCGCCUCCUCCUCGCUCUCCACAUACUGAUUGGCUCCCCUGGACAUGACUGACGACGCGCUCCGGCCAAUCCCGCGACGGGUUGGUGGAUGAAACGGGUGGGGCUGGAGAGAGGGGGGGUUGGGGGGUGGAACAGCCGUCCGGCUGGGGUGCCCCCCCUCAGAGAGUAGAUAGACUGAGUAGGUGGUGAGGUGAGGUGAGGGGGGCCGGGGGCCGAGGGCGCUGGAGAAGGGACUGGGUUUGCUGCCGGGUGGGCCGGGGGGUGCGAGGUCACUCUGACUCUGACCAGCUCGCCGCCGAUGUGUUUUCAAACUCCUAACCCCCCCCCCCCACCUC